AUGAAAGAUUUCUCAAAAAUUGCAUCUUCAUUGACUAGGUUGACCCAGAAGAAAGUUGAGUUUCGAUGGACUGAUGCAUGUGAGGAAAGCUUUCAAAAAUUUAAGGAGUACUUGACGUCAACACCAAUUUUUGCCUUACCUAUAGGUGGUGAAAGUUAUGCAGUUUAUUGUGAUGCUUCUAGACGGCGAUAUUUAAAUUUAAGACAAAGAAGAUGGAUGAAACUCUUGAAAGAUUAUGAUUGCACAAUCUUAUACCACCUAGGAAAGGCAAAUGUUGUUGCAAAUGCCUUGAGUAAGAAAUCCAUGGGCAGUCUCGCUCAUAUAGCAGAAGUAAAGAGGCCAAAUAGUUUCAAGAAGUUGUUGAAAGUGGAAUUCAAUUUGAACUUGGUCAUUCGAGACUUUUCAGUUGAUUCUGAUGGUGUACUGAGGUUGAAGGCUCGACUAUGUGUUCCAAAUGUUGGUGGCUUAAGGAGAAAAAAUUUAGAGGAGGCUGAGCACCAAAAGCCUGCGAGGUUACUUCAACCUAUUGAAAUACCUGAAUGGAAGUGGGAAGACAUUGCUAUGGAUUUUGUUACAGGAUUACCACGAACCCCAAAGGGUUAUGACUCGGUGUGGGUGAUUAUAGAUCGGUUGACCAAAUCGGAAAACGUUUUUCCUGUGAAGACUAAUUAUAUUGUAUCUCAAUAUGCUAAACUUUAUUUAGAUGAAAUUGUCUCUUUGCAUGGUGUACCAGUGUCUAUUAUUUCUGAUUGUGGGUCCUAA